AUGUCGAACGUCAUUUUGGUGCACAAUGAAACUGCUGAUCCUGAUUUCAAGGAUCAAGAACCAACAUACAAAUUAGACGAGCUACCGAAGGAAGAACUAGUUCAACUAUGUAAUAAAUAUUUAGGAGUUGCAAAAAAGGCAAAAAAAUCAAAAGACGAAGCACAUAGAGAAAAUGAGCUGAUGAAGCGGGAAUUAAAAGAACUUAGAGGAACGAAUUACGAUCUUGAACUUGAAAAUCAAAUCCUCAAACGUGAUAAAAUUUAUCCACCUUAUGAAGACGAGUCUUUACUUAAACUUCCAUCUGUGAGACAUAUACAUGAUGAUGAUCGUAGAAUGAACUGCUUUUGGAGGUUUGGAAGCCUUUUCAAGAAAUGA